AGAGCGGCUUCGGUUUUGUUGACAUCUGUGUCUUCCUCCAUCAGCUGACUGUCUACAAGUUAGCUGCCCAGUUUCUGAACACCGUUAACACACACGACAGCAUGACGUUACCCUGCCAGUCAGCUCUCACCCCGCUAAACGCGUCUUCAGACAGCCGGCAGCCCGCGACGGGGCUUCUUUUCUAACCCGCUGUCCCUCGAGAGAAAAGCGAAGCGUUAGCCGGCUAGUUAGCUCACUGCUACCGUUAGAUAGCCCGUCGAGCUACAGCGGUGACGCUAACGGGCUAAGCUAGCCGAUGUAAAGCGGAACACUAUGGAGGGGAUUCUGUACAAGUGGACGAAUUACAUGACAGGUUGGCAGCCGCGCUGGUUCGUCUUAGAGGGCGGCGUCAUCUCUUACUACGACAGCGAGGACGACGUGGACAAAGGAAGCAAAGGAUCCAUCAAGAUGUCCGUGUGUGACAUCAAAGUCCACCCGACGGACACCACGCGCCUGGAGUUGAUCAUCCCCGGCGAGCAGCACUUCUACGUGCGAGCGGUGAACGCCGCCGAGCGCCAGAGGUGGCUGGUGGCGUUGGGCUCGUCCAAAGCCGGAACCCUUGAGAGUCACAGACACAAAGGUCCAGACUGUCUGAAGACAAAGAUGUCGGAACUUCGCCUGUACUGCGACCUCCUCGUCCAGCAGGUGCAAACCAUCCAAUCACAGCACACUUCUGACACAGAGGAAACGCCCACUUCUGAGUCCUCUCUGCUCAGUGCAACCUGCGCAACUUUCAUCAGGACUCUGGAGGAGUGUAUGACCCUCGCCAACCAGAGUAUGACCCCUGACCUUCGACCUCCUGAAAGGCUGAAACGGUCAACUAGUCACCCUGGAACAUACAGCUUUGACAGGUCCGGCGUGCUGAAGGAGUACUCGAGUGGAGGUCAGAAGUCAAGUCAGCGCAGGACCCGAACGUUCUCCGACAGCUCGCUUUACGACGCUGAACGUUUGCUGCCAACGCUCAACGGAGACUCGUCCAUCCCUGAAGAGAGGCCGGACAGCCCAAAGACCACGCCCACCGACACAGACACCGACCUGUCCAUCUGAAGACCGCCCCGAGAGGUCAACAACAACAACAACAACAACGUUGACGACGUCGUCUCCACCACGCAGGGACACCAGCCGGCGGACCCGCUCCGGGAGGAUCCGUCCCUCUCGUUCUCCGAGGCGAGCUGAUGCCAAACACGUGCGCUUUGUACCGACCGCGAGCGUCUCCGUGCGCGCCGGAGACACGGCGCGGGUGUCCAGGUGGGAGAUGCUCUCACUCGGAGGUCGCGGCGGCGCCGGAGGAGCGGGGAGGUUGUUUUGAUCCGAGGCGUCUCCUGUGGACGGAACCACGCUGGUAAAAAAAAAAAAAAAAGGUUCCCGGGUCUCAGUUCCUGUCGCAGCCACAGUCAGCUGACGGCUCUUUAGAUGCCAAAGUUAAAAUGUGCCAAACGCUCUUUUUUUUUUUCUUCCCCGCAGCAGAGCUUCUUCUCCGUCGUUCAACCGCGUCGCAUCGGGAGUUUCUGACGUCCCGGAUCCGCGUGAAUGUCUUCGAGUUGCUGCCUUUUUGCGUUUGAGUCGGCCUUUUGUUCUUAAAGAGACGGGAAGCACAAGAAGACAAAACGCAAACAAAGUAUUUCUAUUGUUGUUUUGAUCGUUCGCUUUCUCCGGCUGCAGUGUGUCGAGCUCUCGUAUGUACACAAGUGCUUCAUGAAGUAUUGAGGGUAAAACGGAGCUGCUACCAGCAUCUCUGUGCCGUGUCUCAAACUGCCUCCAGGUUUUCCAACAGCGCAGCAAAAGAACCUCGUCUAUCGGGGGGGGUCACUUCUUUAGAAAUCUGACUUUCACUUUCAUUGAUCAGCAGUGGAACGCUGACAGGUUGUCGCAAAAUCUACGAUUCACAAAUCUUGUUUCCCGCCACUGAUGCUUUUAGUCGAAUCCAGCCGAGAAACACGCAAACAUCUGGCUCAGUAACGGCGGGAUGAUUCCGGGUGAUUCGCUGCUUGAAAAGGUCACCUGACCCCAGCGAAACAUCGACAGCCGGCCGGCAGGAAACCGCUCGGACCUCCACCUCCCGGCACGGCUGCUGAAUCAUCUCUUCCGAUCGAUCCUCCAGUCGGGUGUUUUCUCAGUUAUUGGAGCGCAAACGAUUAACGGAAACAACUUGUCGCUGUUCUGCACUUUAGACUUAAGGAAAUGCUCCUUUUGAACGUCGGUGCUCUGAACGAGGCGCUGCGGUGGGUAACGUGCCGACGAUUGUGAAACUGAUAUCAAUGUGUAUUUUUGUUUUCGUGUCUUAUUUUUAAAAAGAGUUGUUUUGGUGCCGCCUUGUAACAUGUAACAGUAAUACUAUUUAAGACGGGGCUUCCUGGUAUUGAGUUCAUCAAAAUGCGUGUUUUGGUAUUUAUUAUGAACGGACUGAUGGCAAAUAACUUAUAACAGCAUUGUGGUUCUAUAUUUUAUCGUAUGGGAUCAUUUAUUUUUUACUUUCCUUUCAGAUUAUUUUAUUUAUGCAAACAUAUGAUAGAGUUUAUAAAGUGGUGGAUUGUUUAUUAUGUGUGUUUCAGAGGUUCAUUUGCACACGUGUCCAUAAGCAUCCAUUAAUAUGAAUCCAAUUAAACUAAAUACAAAUUAAGCCAGGGACUCUGAAUCUGCUACUUUGUGUUUUAAUGUAAUAAAUUGCUAUAAUAACUA